AAGAUCCGAAGUACUCAUAUUUGCAAUCACAGAAUUUUUAUAAAAGAGACUGUGAGGAGCUAAAGACCUUAAUUAAAAUGAGAAGACUCUUAAAAGAGAAAAUACAGAUGAUAAACAAAUUGCAGAGUCAUCUAAAACUUCAUUGGAUAGAGACUGCUAUGAAAACAGACCUCCAUGUUUCUACAAACUCCUCCAACUCAUUAGCAGAAGUGGAAGCAACACCAGCAACUACUACUACCUCCACAAAUGGCUUUAUCCAAAUGAAAAUAGAAUCUCAAAAAAAAACUCUCUCUCUUUCUCCACCACCGGAUAGUGGAGAGUAUAGAAAAAACAAAAUGUCAAACAAAACUAAAUACUCGACUUCUAAACUACUAUCAAGGGUUAAGGCUCUUGUACUCAUGAAACGUAAGCAA